AUGGAAAGAGAUACCCCAAGCAUCUAUUACAUUCCAAGAUGUUUUUGCAACAAGACAGCAUCUGUUCGUCUAUCUGAAAUUACUAGAACUCUUAUUUAUGACUGUCAUUAUGUUAAACAUGCAAACCCCUGGUCUUCUGGUGCCUUACUAGAUUGUAAAAGGUCCAUGUAUAAUACAACUUGCAACUUGACUAAAACUUCAGGAAAGGAAAACCCUUCAUACAGUCCAACUGCACAAACCACUCAAACUCUUCCUGCUACUCAUUUGUCUUCGACUGCAAAUUUCAAUCUAUUCGAAUUACCGACCAUUUCAAAAGCAUUAUCCGUUCUAACCACUCAAUCUGCUCUAUUUGCUGCAACUAUUCCUAGAUCUACUUCACAUGCUUUGAACGAGCCAUCAUCCACUUCAACCGUUACAUCUUUUACUUCUAUUUCAACUGUGUCAUCCAUGCCAUCCACUUCACUUAUCACUACUGCUACAGAAACUUAUGGUAAUGAUAACAAGAAUAUUUGUGAAUCAAAUUCAGAAAAUAAAAUAUGUGUUUUUCAUGUACAUGAACCAGUUUGGGAUGAAUUAUGUAGAGCAAAAAAUUUGAACAAGGAUCAUCGUGAUCUCGGCGCAUGUCCUUUCUUCAACUUGACAUUUUGUAUAUAUUUUAAAACUGUAAAUAACUUUGCUAUCAAUAUACCAUUUAUUCCAAAAUGCUAUUGUAAAAGAAACAUAUUCUUGACGAGAGUCGUUAAACCCCACAAUAAGGGACGUUGGUACAUGGCUUGUGCACAUUACAAUAUACCAGGUGCACGACCAAAAUGCACUUACUUCCAAUGGCUUGAUGAUUUUAAAUUUGAUAAAACAAAAUAUCAAGCUGAUCAUGAUUAUUUUCUCAAGUUUCCACAAGUAUGGAUUGCAGAACCAACUAAUAGGAAAUGGCGAGAUGAACUUGCUAAUAAUCUAGAUAAUGAGGUUAAGGAGAUUUUAGAAGAUAAUAGUUAUAAUAAACAUCUAUAUUACUAA